GCUCGGCCGCACAAAAGCAAGAACACCACCAGCCCUAGGAAGCCAACGUGCCGUGCCAGCGCCUGAUGGGAAAAAGUGCCUUGUGGCGCGUGAACCUAUCUACUCCCCACGAUCAGGACGGCGGGGAAGGCGAAGGGCGGGACAAAACCCAGGGAAUCCGUGCUAAGGCCGCCACCGCUGCUGAUCCCUGGGAUGAGCUAGAGGCACAGCUCGACGGGCGAGUGGCCAGCCAGGCUGCGAGCGGCCCCAGCCUUCGUUAUCCGGUGCAUCUCUCUCCGUGGCUGGAGAAGACCGGUUGGACCACGCACCUUCGAGAUCACAAUCUCUGGACAGUGGCGGAACUACUUGCUCCUCCUACGCCUACCGAAACCAGCCUUAUAGCGCUCCUUUCGUCCUUUGACGAGCUAAUCAAAGACGCACGGGCGUCCGUUCUGUCGGAGAAGGUGAACGUCUUCGCCCUCCACCGUGUAAAUAGUUUCGUACGCGGCCGACACUUUAAGAAACCACUCCACACAAAGCUCCUAAAUGGGACCUAUCAGAGAUACCAAGCCGUUUGGCAUAAACUACUCUGUUACAUGUACAGGCUUACGAUCGCGCACCAAGGGCCGGACCUCCACUACAUCCUCACACCAGAUCAGCUGGAAGCGAUCAGCCAGAUCCCAGCAAGCACUCUGCCCACUCGCUCUGAGUCUGUUGUAGGGCAGCCAAGCAGGUCCUCUCCUUCGUCUUCCUCUUUCGUCUGCGCCUAUCCAACCUCCUCGCCUACAUCACUUCGUACUGCUAGAAGCAGGGUUUUCACAAAAAGCCCUGCAAUAACGUUACUAACCUCCCCACCGCUGCGCUCUUCUCCCCCUUACUGCUUCCAAAAACGCGCAGUUGUCACAGCUCCCGCUGACCAUAGCUCUUCAGAAGAGGAGAGCACGGUCUCGGAAUACGACUGCGUUACGCCGUCGACGCCUUCACGCUCACCCCAGCCAGCUCACUACCAAGAGGAGCACGACAACCACGAGCAAAGCGCCACAGAAGAGAACCCUGCAGGCAGCGAUCUGCGAGAUGCUUGCCUUGGGCUUUGCAUCUCGCUACUCGAUCAUAAGCUGGAGGGAAGACUAACAGAUAGUAUCGUUGUUGGGUUCCUGGCUGCGCUCGGCAUCAAUAAGUCCUGUGAUGGGUUUGAUGAUGCUGUUCUAUUCCUACCUAAGCUAUCAGCGCUAGUAAAGCUCUCCCAGCUCCUUCUUGUGCAGCACGCGGUUGUAGCGCACAAGACGGGCCAUGCGAAAUUCCCGAACGAGUUGGUGGCUGAGAUGCAGGAUCGGUUCAUGGUCUAUGGAAGCGAGACGCCCAUGAACUAGAUCCUGAACCU